CUAAGCCAUUUCUCACUGAAACGCAAACAGUGUUUAAAAUAUUAUCCAAUUUUGAUUCUGCUGACACAUUUUAAGCGGAUCAGUUUCCUGUUUCAAAAAGCUCCUAGAAAAAAAAACAAAAAUAGAAGAAUGAAUGAAACGUGUGCGUCUAGUCAGAACGCUGCCUAUCCCAAACAAGCGAUGCCCCCUCCCAACCAGCAGGGGUACCAGUGGCCGGCUGGAGGAGGGGAAGCACACGUACCCCCCUCUUAUCCAUCGGGGUAUUCGUCGCCAUUUACUCACCAACAACAAUAUGGCGGUGGCUACACGGCUGCUCCUCCCAUGAAUGCCGGCUACCCUAUGCCUGCUACUGUUGUGAUGAGUCCCAGACUGAGUUUCUGUAGAUACCCUCAAACAGCAGACUGUCAAUCAUGUAGAGCAAGGGUGACCACAGCCGUGGACUAUGAGACCAGUGGGCUGACUUGGCUCAUCUGUCUGGGUAUCUUUUUCAUUGGGUUCGGCUGCGGCUGCUGUUUAAUUCCCUUCUUCGUGAACGAGUUCAAAAAGGCAGUGCACAGAUGCCCAAACUGCAAUUUCGUCAUGGGACAGAAAGACGUCUUCUGAGUUGCUUCAUCAGAAUACAUCUAAAUUGAACAUCAUUACUGAAUACUUUCCCAAUUAAAACAAUA